AUGUUCGGCUUCGUUGACCGGGUUCGCAAAUUAAAGAGCAAGCCUACUCUUAGCAGUGAGAAUCGAGUGCACUUCAGAGACCAGGAAUGCAUGGUUGUCCGCACAAAGGCAGUCGCUCAAAUCGCAGUAGGCGGCAUAGCACUAUCGCUCUGGUUCCUUGCUUGCCUCUCCUAUAUUUACGGCUCUCUGUACCUCUCUCCGAAGAGGCAUGCAGCUUUGCACAUUCUCGCCGUUGAUUACGACAAGGGCGUCAUAGGACAGGCGAUGCAGACGGCGUACACCCAGCUCAAGGGCCCCGGCUUCUUCACUCUGGACUUUGGCUCUUCUGAAGCAUAUCCGACAGAAUCCGAUAUGCUGCAAGCCGUAUGGCGUGGUGACUACUGGGCUUCUAUUGCAUAUUACACCACGGUUGCAAACUCGGUGGUACUGGGUCAUAUGAAUGAGUUGGUGGCUGCUACGCGGCUCGCCUACAACAAGAUCAACGGUAUGCAAGCGACUCGUAUCGUCAACCACACCGAUCAGACUGCCAUACAGGCCUUGCUCAAUCCUAUCGGGUCAACACAAACCAACAUUCAGCCUGCAGCAUUCGGAACAGUGACAUUAAUCAAUACAGUCUCCAUGGUAAUGCCUAUUCUUCAGCAGUUCUUCUUUCUCCUUUCCCUCAACGGCAUUUUUGCGGCCUACCAUCUUUACCGCAAUAUGACCGUCUUGUCUAGCAUAUGUCUCCGUCGCUUUUCCGGUAUUAUUUUCUCCCUCGGCGCUGCACUGUGCCAAACAGGAUAUUAUUGGGGCUUCAGAGGAGACUGGGAAGUAAAUGGCGCCCAAUUCCUCUUGACGUGGAUGACGAUCUGGCUGCUCAUGCAUAUACAUCUCCUUGUCCUUGACAGCAUCUCAACCAUGGCGCCACUUGCAUUCAUGCCGUUUGUCGUUCCCUUCUGGAUCCUGUUGAAUACUGCAAGUGUGACCAGCCCCCUCGAGAUGCAACCUGGCGUCUACAAAUGGAGUGUUAUCCUUCCCAGCCACGAAGCGUACUCGGUGUUGACAACAAUAUGGACCGGUGGUGCGCACAACCGACUCUACCGAGCUUUACCCAUCCUCUUCUCGUGGUGGAUUCUGACCAAUAUCACCACAACCCUUGCGCAUAUCAGGGCCUGUCAUUUGGCAUACAAAGUCCAUCAACAGCAAGGCACGGGUCCAGAUAUUCAGAAGGAUGUAGAGAGUGGUCUGUACACGGCAGAGGAUAACAAAGGCCGAGUGUCCGGGCAGAAUACCAUAUCGAGGACAGCUACACAGAUUACACCACCACGAACGAUAGAGGAGGCUGUUUCAGAAUGA